AUGCUGCACAGCUUGAUCUGCUGCAAUGAGGCCAACUACGUGCUUCUAUCUAGAUAUUUCCAGCCGGAGUUGACCCUGGAAGCUCGCAAGACGUACGAGACUCAACUCGCACAAAUCUGCAAACAAGUCCCGAACCUCUGGGGCGACCGACACGGUAGGAAAGUCGUGGACCCGACACAGAGUCAACUGGUCGUGUGCGAGUCGCAGUUCGUGGUUCUUCGUCAGGUCGGGGAGCUCCGGUUGAUGCUCUCUGGCAACGAAGAGUAUGACGAACUCAUCUUGGAUGAGAUCAUGACAGUGCUGCAAUCAGUCCUGACGACUCAAUUGGACAAGAAACUCACGGAGGCUAGUCUUCUGGCCAAUUACGCCAAAGUAGUUGUGGCGCUGGACGAGAUGGUGCAGCAAGGUCACCUAGAGAACACGGACGAGGCCAGCAUCGACCAGAUGAUCAAACUUAAGCCAUACCCGUCGAAGUAG